CUUCCCAUGGCGUCUGGAUCCACCAUAAUGGACCCCAUCUGUCUGGUGGAAAACCAGAACAACCAUCUGACAGUAAAUCCAAAAGCACUGAAGAUUCUUGACCAGAUUUCUCAGCCUGUGGUGGUGGUGGCCAUUGCAGGGCUGUAUCGGACGGGAAAAUCCUUCCUGAUGAACCGCCUGGCAGGGCAGAACCAUGGUUUCCAUCUGGGCUGCACAGUGAGGUCUGAAACUAAGGGCAUCUGGAUGUGGUGUGUGCCCCACCCCUCCAAGGAGAGCCACACCCUGGUCCUUCUGGACACCGAGGGCCUGGGUGAUGUGGAAAAGGGUGACUCCAAGAAUGACUCGUGGAUCUUUGCCCUGGCCGUGCUUCUGAGCAGCAUCUUUGUCUACAACAGCAUGAACACCAUCAACCACCAGGCCCUGGAGCAGCUGCACUAUGUGACUGAACUAACAGAGCUAAUCAGGACAACAUCCUCUGCCAGCUCUGAUGAAGUGCAGGACUCAGCCGAGUUUGUGAGUUUCUUUCCAGACUUUGUUUGGGCUGUACGGGAUUUCAUGCUGGAGCUGGAGUUAGAUGGAUACCCCAUCACUGAAGAUGAGUACCUGGAGAAUGCCUUGAAGUUGAUUCCAGGCAAGAAUCCCAAAAUCCAAAAUUCCAACAUGCCCAGAGAAUGCAUCAGGAAGUUUUUUCCAAAAAGAAAGUGCUUUGUCUUUGACCGGCCUACAAAUGACAAAAAAUUAUUACUCCAUAUUGAGGAAGUGCCAGAUGACCAACUGGAUGAGAAUUUCCAGAAGCAAUCAAAAAAUUUCUGCUCAUAUAUCUUUACGCAUGCAAAGCCCAAGACCCUAAGAGAAAGAAUCACUGUCACAGGGGGAGGGUUGGGGACUCUGGUGGUGGCUUACAUAGAUGCCAUCAACAGUGGAGGAGUUCCUUGUUUGGAGAACGCAGUGAUAACUCUGGCCGAGCGUGAGAACUCAGCGGCCGUGCAGGAGGCAGCCAACCAUUACAGUGAGCAGAUGGCCCAGCAACUGAGGCUCCCCACGGACACACUCCAGGAGCUUCUGGAGGUGCACGCAGCCUGUGAGACGGAAGCCAUUGCAAUCUUCUUGGGGCGCUCCUUCAAGGAUGACAAGCAGACAUUCCAGAAGAAGCUGGUGGACAUCAUGGAGAAAAAGAAGGAUGUUUUCAUGAUCCAAAAUGAAGAGGCCUCUGUCAAACAUUGUCAGGCUGAGCUUAAGAAGCUUUCAGAAUCCUUGAUGACAAGUAUUUCAGGAGGAACUUUCUUUGUCCCUGGAGGACACAGUCUCUACUUAGAAGCAAGGAGCAAGUUUGAACAGGACUAUAAACUGGUUCCCAGGAAAGGAGUUAAGGCAAAUGAGGUCCUCCAGAGCUUCCUGAAGUCCCAGGCAGGAGUAGAGGAAGCCAUCCUGCAGGCAGACAAAGCCCUCACUGAUGGGGACAAGGCCGUGGCAGUUGUGUGUGCCAAGAAGCAUGCAGCUGAGAGGGAACAGCAGCUGCUAAGAGAGAAACAGAAUGAAGAGGAGCAAAAAAUGGCAGGACAAGAGAGAAGCUUCAAGGAAAACAUGACCCAACUGGAAGAGAAGAUGGAUAGGGAAAAAGAAAACCUUCUAAGAGAGCAGGAAACAAUGCUGAGGCACAAGCUGAAGAUGCAAGAAGAACUGCUUACAGAAGGAUUUAAAAAGGAAGCUGAAGAGUUAAAUAAAGAGAUAGAUCAACUAAAAGAAGACAUUGAAAUAACUAAAACUAAUAAGUCCAUAAAGAUUUCAGAGGUCCUUGAUGUGGCUAGCAUGACAUUAGUUGCAGUACUACCUGGGGGUUAUAAGGUACUUGGUAUGGGAGUGAAACUUCUCAGUGAUGCUAUGAAAAGGGUUGAUAAUCCCUAUUAA